AUAGCAAACGUGAAAAAGUAAGAAAACAGACGGUUUAGUUAUUAUCAUUUACCAGGCACUAAAGCGUUCUACUAAUGGAUUAUAUAUAAACGACGAAAAUCGUGGAAAGGAAACCGUUACAUUGCCCCAACGAAAGAGGAAGAGGCAGAAAGAAAGAUAAACGAUAGGCUAAAAUCUACGCCAGGAAACUAAAACAAAAGAGGAUAUAAAACCGAGCGACAGAGAAACCAAAAAUACACAAUCUCCAGACAGUUUGUCGGAAAUUCAAAAUUAAAAUUGAAAAUUCUUUGGAAUCGGAUUGGCAGCCGAGUCGAGCCACGCCCACCACCGCCCCUCGUCGUCGCCAUGAACGCCCUGCUACGUUACAAGGGACGCAAUCUGCGAACGAGUCAUUUGGCCCAGAAUGUCUACAAGCGCUAUCUCAAAUCCAGCUGCUGUGCCUGCAGCUCGGCUAACUUCACAGAUUGCUCCGCCACAGGGGGUGAGCGGCACCGGAGAUCUGCGUCGACAUCGGUGCUAGAGAUUGGCAGAUCGCUGGCCGACAACCACCGGAGGUUCCAGCCACACGCCAGCUAUGGGUAUCACUAUUCGGGCCACGGAUUUAGGCAUCUGCACGCCAGCCGGACGAUGCUGGAGACGUCCAGUUCGAAGAUCGAUGCGACCGUCAAGAAGCUGAAGAACCAGCAGAAGGAAAAGGUCGAGGAGAUCAUGAAGGAGGUGGCCAAUGCUCAGGCAACAGCAGUGGGAGCUAGUUCUGCUCCCACCGCCAGUGCAUCCUCGACGGAGAAGGGUCAAAGUGCAAGUGCAACGACUGGUUCCACAUCGGCGACAGCCUCGUCGACCACGUCUUUGGCUACGUCCACGGACAAGACGGUGGCCAAGCCAAAGAAGCCGCUGCGCACACGCAUUUGGGACGAGCUGGUGCACUACUAUCACGGCUUUCGACUGCUCUUCAUUGACGUGGCCAUCUGCUCCAAGCUCCUCUGGCGGGUGCUCAAUGGCAAGGGGCUCACGCGACGCGAAAACAAGCAGCUGCAGCGCACCACCUCGGAUCUGUUCCGCCUGAUCCCCUUCUCGGUGUUCAUCAUUGUGCCCUUCAUGGAGCUGCUGCUGCCGCUGUUCAUCAAGUUCUUCCCCGGCAUGCUGCCCUCCACGUUCCAGACCUCGAGCGAUCGGCAGGAGAAGCUGCGCCAGUCGCUGGGCGUCCGCCUGGAGGUGGCCAAGUUCUUGCAGCAGACUCUCGACCAGAUGCCCGUCCAGCACAAGGAGCACAGCAGCGAGGAGGCCAAGCAGUUCGAGGCCUUCUUCAACAAGAUCCGCAAUCCCACAGAGCCCGUCAGCACCGACGACAUCAUCAAGUUUGCCAAGCGAUUCGAUGACGAGAUCACCCUGGACUCCCUGUCGCGUGAGCAACUGGCCGCCCUGUGCCGUGUCCUAGAGCUGAACACCAUUGGCACCACCACGCUGCUGCGUUUCCAGCUGCGGCUGAAGCUGCGCUCCCUGGCCACCGACGACCGGGUGAUUGCCCGCGAGGGAGUCGACUCUCUGGACCUUUUGGAGCUGCAGCAGGCGUGCAAGGCGCGUGGCAUGAGGGCCUAUGGACUGACGGAGGAGCGCCUUCGGUUCCAGCUGAAGGAGUGGAUCGAUCUCUCGCUGAACGAACAGGUGCCGCCCACACUUCUGCUCCUCUCGAGGACCAUGCUCAUUUCCGACGACAGCAUCACCACCGACAAGCUGAAGGAGACGAUGCGCGUGCUGCCGGAUGCAGUGGGCGCCCACACACGACACGCCAUCGGCGAGAGCGAGGGCAAGGUGGACAACAAGACCAAGAUCGAGAUCAUCAAGGAAGAGGAGCGCAAGAUUCGCGAGGAGCGCGAGGAGGAGCAAGAGGAGACGAUUGCCAAGCGCACGGCCAUCAAGGAUGAGCAGCCCGCUCCGUAUGUGUUUGCUGAGAAGCUGGCUCCCAAGGAAGAGGCUUCGGUGUCCGAGACGGACAAGGGCAUUUCCUCAACGGAUGUCCAACUGCUGUCCGAUGCCCUGAAGACGCUGUCAUCUGACAAACAGCUGGUGGUGGAGAAGGAGACGAUCAAGGAGCUGAAGGAGGAGCUGGCCGACUACAAGGAGGAUGUCGAGGAGCUGCGGGAGGUGCGCCAGGUGGUCAAGGAGCCGGUGCGUGAGAGUCGAGCGGCCAAGCUGCUCUACAACCGGGUCAACAAGAUGAUCUCGCAAUUGGACACAGUGCUCAACGAUCUGGAGCACAGGCAGCACCAGAUCAAGCAGGCCGAUUCCGGCGACUAUGUGAGUGCCAGUCCCACUGUGGAGCCGCAGCAAAUGGUGCACAUCGACGAGCUGGUCUCCACCAUCCGGCGCAUGAAGGAGUCCUCCGACGAAGAGCGCUUCCGGGUGGUCGAGGAUCUUCUGGUCAAACUCGAUGCGGACAAGGAUGGAGUGAUUUCGGUGCACGAGAUAACCAAGGCGGUGCAGAGCAUCGACCGGGAGGCCACCAAUAUCGACAAGAAGCAGCUGGAGGAGUUCACCGAGCUGCUCUCCAAGCUGGCAACCCGGCGGCGCCACGAGGAGAUCGUGCGUAUUGAUGACCUGAUGAGCAACAUCAAGGUGCUGAAGAAAACCAGCGACGAGGCACGUCUCAAGCACAUCGAAGCAGUUGUGGAGAAGUUCGAUGGCGACAAAGAUGGCGUGGUGACCGUCAACGAUAUCCGCAAGGUAAUGGAGUCCAUUGGUCGCGACAACAUCAAGCUGAGCGAGAAGGCCAUUGAGGAGCUGAUCAGUCUGCUUGACAAGGAGCAAGAGCUGCAUGCUGAGCAAAAGAUUGAAAAGGCCAUUGCCAAGAGCAUGAAAGAGGCGGAGAAACUGAAGUCCGAGGUGGACAAAACGGACAAGGAUUUGGCCAAGCUUGUGAAUGACAUUCACGACUCAGCCAAGGAGAUUCAGGACAUUGCCAAUGAAAUGCGUGAUAGGGAGGAAACACUAGCCGACAAGGCUAAGGAGAGUAAAGCGGAGCCGGCCUUCCAGGAUAAGGCUAAGACUUUAAAGGACAAUGCUAAGAAUCUGGACGAGACGACAGCGCCGAAAGACAGCAAAAAGGAUCCCAAAGCUUCGUCUGGAUCUGGUCCAACGGGAAAGAGUGGCGGUGGUGGCAGCAGCAGCAGCGGUGGAGGAGGAGGUGGUGGUGGCAUUGCCGUUGGCGGACCAACGACGGAAUCGGCGCUCCGUGAGGCGGCCGAGCGGCAAAUGGAAAAGAUUCUGCCCUCCACGGACAUCGGUCUGCCGCCCACGAUACAAACGCCACCCAAACCACCGACGUCCAAGAAGGCAACGGCCACGGCAUCCACCCUGUCCACGACGAUUACGGCCAAGAAGCUGCUCUGACCGACCGACAAGUCCAAGAAGGAAGCGGACGAGACGAGUCCUAAGCGUGUAGUACCUAAGCCGAAGUGAUGUGAUGAUUACGAUGAGUAGAGAAAGGACGGAGGAGAGGUGCUGCUCGUGUGUCCCCAUAUUGUUCCGACUAUACAAAGAAUUAAUUGUUACCACUUAACAUAAAAAUCAUAAACGUAGGGAGAAACGUGAAUCGAAACGAGAAUGCGACUCUGUAUUUAACUAAAUCCGUGAUCUUGGAUCGGGAUUAGAAGAGAGUGUGCUAUACUUAACGCGUGGCUGUAGUACGGUAGCUUCUCUAAGUAAGGCACAAAUCAGAAACUAAUAGAAAUACAUAAGAAUAUACCCACUUAACCGAUGCAUCUUGAUUUCUAAAUUAGUUUUACAAAUUCAUCGCCUGAUCUGGCGAUUGACGACUUCACUUGGCCCAUAAAACAUUAUUAGCUAAGCGAUUGUGAUCAUUAAGCGAAAUGUUAAUUUACGAUUUAUACCCUUCUUUUAUUAAUUUGUAUUUACGAUGGCCACGAGAUAUUGAAGUUAAAUUGAAACCACGUGAUAGCUGUAAACAAUAAUGUGUGUGUGUGCUUGAAUUAGCUAGCUAAAGAGAGUUUGUAAAAGUGUUUCGCAAUAAAAGUUAGUACAAAAAACGA